GUCUCUCGCUUUCCGUAGGAAACCUAGUGGCCCGACUGUGGGCAUGGUGGUCGUCGGUUAGCCUGCCCCGUGCUAACCCCGGGCCGCUUGUGAUCAUGUGUAGUAAAAAGUGACAUGUCGUGGCGGGGAUGUGGCUAAAUAAUGGGAAACGUCUUCGGGAGAAAGAGUCAUCCACCCUCUCGCGUGACGGAGCAAGACAAAGCCGUCCUGCAACUGAAGCAGCAGCGAGAUAAGCUGAGGCAGUACCAGAAGAGAAUCACCUCACAACUGGAGAAAGAGCGACUCCUCGCCAAGCAGCUGCUGACAGAUGGCAGGAAAGAAAAAGCACUGCUGCUUCUCAAGAAAAAACGAUAUCAGGAUCAGCUGCUAGACAAGACGGAGAAUCAGAUUUCAAACCUAGAGCGCAUGGUUCAAGAUAUUGAGUUCAUGCAAAUAGAGAUGAAAGUCAUCGAAGGGCUUAAGGUUGGAAAUGAUUGUCUGAAGAGUAUGCACGAGAUAAUGUCAAUAGAAGAUGUGGAGAGAAUCCUGGAUGAGACCCAGGAAUCAAUUGAAUAUCAAAGGCAAAUCGAUGAAAUGCUGGCUGGAGCCCUGACACAAGAGGACGAGGACGCCGUAUUGGCAGAGCUGCAUGCGAUCACUCAGGGAGAGGAUAUAGCACUACCAGAGGUCCCCACUGAGCCAAUACCAGAAGUCCCUGAGGCAGCAAAAGCUGAACCAGAGAGAAAAGCAAAGAACAAGCCAGAGAGAGAGAUGCUGGCAGCCUGACACACUUGAUUAGUGUGUCUGAAGGUGGGACCCACAGACAUCCAUGUUCCUCUACUCAUUUUACAGGAUCAGCAAUGUGUCUGUACUAUGGUCCUCUGCUCCCCUGAAGUAUCUACAUGAAAGAAGUGUGAUGGUCUGUUCGCACACGUCCGACUCGGAUCAGCAAGUCAGCAUAACCGAAUGACAGCAGUGAUUUUUUUUUUGUCGAUUUACACAUUAAAAUCUGUUGUUUUUCAUAUUAAAUUAUUAAUUUAC